GUACCGAAAUAUAUUUUUAACUCCUCGCGGCAUAGUGCCAUACCUCGUAACCAGGGAAGCGUGGGAGGUAUGCGCAUUGCUUGUGGCCGCAUAGGCAAUCUGGUUCGCGGACAAGCCCUGGGAGUCGAGACGAUUAGUGAACAGAAGUUGAGUGGAGAGGUGGAUUGCAGCAGUCGGUUCGAAGCAGUCUUCGGUCAUCCCGUAGUCCGUCCACCAAACAAACCAAACCAUUCGCUGAUCUUUCGAUUUCGUCCAGACGUCACAGCAUUAGCAACUGCCGUCUAUUUGUCUGCGAUGAUAGUGAUCGCUGGGACUGAUUCAUCCGACCAAACGAUGUUUGCUUUCUAAGCCACUCAAGCAGCGAAGAUAAAUUGAUUAUUCGAUUCCACGAGGUUUCCUAACACUGUUGGUCCACUUACCCACUUACGAUUCUUGGUUUCCGCAUGGUGAAUCAUGUGUCAUUUUUAGUGCAGUGAACAUUUAUCCUAUAAAAUAAUCAAGAUCGCAAUUGUACCGCAUCGAUAAGAUCAGGUAAUUCGCCUGGUGGGAUGAAAGACGUUGACGAAUCGGCUCGUGGCUUGAUGAAGAAGAAGAUGAAGGGUAAACAGCAAACGACCUCGAUUGACCUGGUUGAUAUAGUGAAGAAUUCGGGGAGAAUACAAGCUCUGGCUCGCGGUUGCUGCGGGCGGGAUGAACUUCACAGAGUUGAUGGUAACGGGAGUCAGAAGACCACCACCUGCAAGGAUCAGAAGGAGGCAUUCAUAUUCGGCAGUUGGAAGCGUCGGCACAAGCGAAGACCAGCCGCGACCGCCACGGUCAGGCCAGUGUCGAUCAGCGAUGAGAAUUUCGAGAGGAACAACAACAACAAUUUAAGACAGGAUGACUCGAAACGAGGAAUCCCCGCCUCUCAGAGAAGUUCUACCUACUACCCCUCCUCUUACACGACGACCAGCGUCACUUCCUUCGGUCUCGAAUGUCGUGUCGAUGGCAACGUCCCUUGCGAGGAGGAAUUCUGGUGUCCGAGAUGCAGUCAGCGGAUGCAAGAACCGCGACUCCUCCCCUGCCUCCAUCCGAUCUGCACUCCGUGCGUCGACCAGCUAAUGAGCCAAGGAAUCUCAACCUCCGGUUUUCGUGAGGGAUGCCCAAUUUGCGAGACUCCGUUACCCUGCUUUGCUGGCUUGACUAACGCCUUACCUCCACCGCAUUAUCCUCUUCAGCAUCGUCUUGUCAUGGACGCUGUCAGAAGGCGGCUUGCCCAUCAGGUUCUCUGCUGCGAUACUUGUCCUGAGGAGGUUCAGGCCUCGGUCCACUGUCCUGCGUGUCUGCGAAACUUUUGUUCGGACUGUGGGACGGAGCAUCAAGAGCAGGAAGUGAGAGCUUACAAGGUGCACGAAGUGCGACCACUUUGGGAGGCGCGUCGAGUUCGCCGAACAGCGUUGUGUUUGGCCCACCCGACGCAUGCUCUUCGCUUCCACUGCAUCGCGUGUCAGCAGGUGACAUGCAGGGAGUGCAUGUGGCGCGGAGCUCAUCGAGGCCAUGCCAGCGAGGGUGCUUCUGGAGCCGGAAGAAGGGCUGCCGCCCUCAUCACCGCCGCUCUCCAGCGUGCCAGGACCCUCCUCAACUCCCUUCUUGUUGAAUACAACAGUCAGUUAUUUUCUCCCACAACCCUCGACAGGAGGCACAGUCUAUACAACAUCGAGAGCGAAAGGUACUCAGACACCUUGUCACGAAUUCAUCACUCCAGAAGUCGUUCGACGCUGUCAUCGCAUACAAAAGAGGCCAAGGCGCGUAUGCAGGAAUUUGCGCGACUUCAGAGAGCUCGAUAUCUCCUGGACGCGAUAGCGCUAUCCGAGGAACUUCUAGCCGACGGCGCGGAUGUCGAGAUCCUCAGCCUCAGUGGUAUCAUUUUGAAACGGCUGAAAAACCUCGGAGUGAAGCCUCUGCAGCCGGAAAAAUCACGGAACGACGACUCCAAUGAAUUUUGCAGUGAAUCCCAGGACGACAACGGGCUGAGAAUUUCGCAUCCAGGCGUUUACCACUGCUGCACAUUUUGCUCUAGUGGUGGAAGGAAAGAGGCUGUCUGUGCCUGCCGUGGAACGAUGCCAGGAGGAUACAGAGGCUGCGGUCACGGGCAUGUGGGACAUCCUGGCGUCAGCCACUGGUCGUGCUGCGGUUCUAUUCAUCGGCACGGUGCAUGUCGUUCGCCAAAAAAAUGCGUAUAUCAAAUAAUACUUUAACUUUGCAGAGUUAAAGUGUAUAAGAGCGAAAAUAUAUCGUUUAAUAAUAUAUUAUACGAUAAUAAAUAAUGUUAUUAUUGUUAUUAAAUUAUUUCAAAUUGACAUAUUCCUCGACAAUUUAUAAAUUUUAGUACGUAUACGUAUAUAUAUAAUAUAUGUAUUGUAUCUUUUUAGGUAUUUUUGAGUGGGUGUGUAUAGUA